AUGGCCAUUUUGAAAUCAGCGUUUUGGCCAUCUUGCCUUCCCAUUUUGAGUCUUGCUUUAGCAGAAUCGCAGACAGCAGACGACAUUCAACGGCUCAUCACGGAACAAAAUGGAGACUCGAAGGCACUCUCGGCGAUCUCCGCAGCAUCUUGGGUGGACUCUCCGAAAGUGAGAGGAACUGUCGAUAUUCUAUUGACUUGCGUUGUUACGCUAGUUGCAUGUGUCUGGUCGGUGCUUCAUCAGAAUAUAUGGACUUUGAUUGCUAUACUUGCUCCCGACACCGUGCUUGUGGUUGCGGCAAAUCAGAUGAUUGCAGCCCGCGGACUGCGGAAAGAGCUGAAAAUGCUGCAGGCGCGGAAAAACAAAACCUACCUUGUCGACGUCCCGCUUAACUUCUGCUUCUCUGUCGAAAUGGGCGGCUUUCAAGUGGACUUGGAUCUUGAGGGUAUUAGUCUCGGCCCAUCCUUCAUGGCUUCAUGCCCUGAAAGGUUACCGCUAUCUCCUGCCGGUUUCUUGAAGUUGAUUGACAUGGAUCUGCUGAAUCUCGAAAAGAUGAUGAAGCAUGCCAAUGUCACUGAAAAGAGCAAAGCAAAUGUAUUCCAGAAACUCCUGAUUGCAACUCAAGUUAUCUGGAUGUUCAUUCAAUGCAUUGCUCGAAAAUCGCAAGGCCUUCCAAUCAUACUUUUGGAGAUACAUACAGUCGUCCAUGUUGUGUGCGCGCUAAUAGUAUUGCUUUGCUGGACCUCGAAACCUCUUGACGUCAACACUCCCGAGAUCGUGGAAUCGGAGUCUGACAAUGUUCUUGGAUUCUUCAGUCUUGCAAUUCAAUCUCAAAUAUGCGAGCAGAAAUUCGUUCUUGUGGGUCCCCGCGACAUCCACAGUUACACAACUGCAAUCCGGCAGGAUGCCAAUGAGGAUGACCUAGACGCUGAGAGGGAGCUUCCACGCAUCCUACAUCUUCGGCCCAAAGAGACACUGCCGUUCGGAUUCAAAUAUGAGGGUGGCCCGAAUCUGCAUCUUCAGCCAACCGACAUGCUUCGCCUGCGACGAGCCACACAAUUUCUCCGCGAUCAUUACGGAAGGGAAUUACGGCAUCCAAACCAGGCUCUUCCCAUGUCUCAGUUCGGCUCAUUCUUCUCUGAAGGGGGCAACUAUGCCUACAGCAUUUCUGGCCGAUACAAGGGUCUCGCUCUAUGGGAGCAAGCCUCAUUGCUUGUCAUUGGACCCUGGUUCUAUACUCAUGAAGAAGAGGAGGGCGUGUUAAAUGUUAGCUACCGGGUUUCUAUUUUUGCGCUACUUGUCACACUCGUAUACAGCGGGCUACAUCUGUCAGCAUGGAGUGCCAGGUUUCCCACACAGGUCGAGGAGAUUUGUUGGAAAGCGGCAGGUAUCAUUCCCAUCGGAAAUGCCCUCUUUGCGCUUUUCGUCAUCUAUGUUAUUGAGUUUGAUACUCCCUCAGGUCUUUCCUUUUUCACUAGCAAAGUUUUUCCGGCGGCACUUCUUAUGUUUGGGGCGCUGAACGGUAUGGCACGCAUUUAUUUGACUGCUGAAUCUUUUGCUAGUCUUCGCAAUCUCCCGAUAGGUGCAUUUUCGAUGCCCGUCUGGCUGCAGUUAUUUCCCCACAUCUGA